AUGAAUUAAAAUAAACAGCAGUUCUCAAUUACUGAGACUGUCAAUAAAAAUAUUGAGAACCACUAAUUUCCAUCUUUUAGAAACCAUAAAUCAUUAGUUGGAUGGUGUACAAUGAAUUAUCCAAGGGUUUUAAAAAAUCCACUUUUUAUGCCAAAACCCUAACCAAAAGAAGAUCCCACACAUUUAGAUUACUUGUAUUAAUUAAAAAUGAGACAAGAUGCAGAAUAAAAAUUUACUCUGAAGAAACCUUUUUAAAAUUUAUAAAAAAUUCAAAAACCUAUUUUGGAAGAAAAAGUAGGAGUUCCUCCUGAUGGAUACAAAAACUCUACUUUAUCUUUAACAACUUCCAAAAGAGAAGCUCGUAGUAAAAUUAUAGAAGAAACAAAUAAAGAUCUUCCUUAAUACAGCAACUUUCUACCCCUAAGCUGUGAAAUACCAGUAUCAAAAGUUGAUGAAAAUUUUAGUAGGCAUGUUAGACAAAUAGGAGAAAUAACUUACGAGCCUAAUUAUGAAAGUGAAGAAGUUCGUCACCUUAAGAAACUGCCUAAUUCUAUUUUGACAGAAUAGAACUUGAUGGAAGUUCUGAAUAAUGAACUUAAAUACUUAAACCUUUAAAAUCACACUUGGAUUAAAAAUGAAUUCGUUAAUAAAAUUGGAUAUUUUGCACCGAAUAUUGAAGAAUUAAAUCUUUCAGGAACUGAUUUAGUUGAUGAAGUUUUAUACGAAUUAGCCAUAUCAUGUUCAAAACUUCAUUCCAUAGAUAUAAGCAAUUGUCCUGUACUAACUGAGCAAGGAAUUAAGAAAUUCUUGAAUGCCAAACCUAAUAUUAAAAAAUUCUUUGCAGCCCAUAAUGAUCAUUCUGUUACUGAUUUUUCGUUAUAGCCUUUGAAAGAUGCACCAUAACUGCAAAGAAUAAAUUUGUCUUUUGAUUACAAUAUUACAAAUGCAACAUUAGAUUACUUUAUAGAUAAAGGAUAGAAGUUCAAACACAUUUCGCUAUCAAAUUGUUAAAAACUUUCAGGAGAAAAAUUAUCUGUUAUUAUAUAUAAUUCUAUGGAUCACCUAAAACAUUUAGAUUUAUCCUUUAUGACUAAUGAAGAAGCAAGUAAACAUAUAAUGGAAAAAAUUGGUGAUUGUAGAUAGUUAGAAUAGUUAAUUCUAACUGGCACUACUAAUAUUGAAGAUAGUGGUAUCUCAUAAAUGAUAAAUGGUACUAACAGUGUUAAAAAGGCUCCUACAUUUUAAUUUUUAAAGACUAUUAAGCUAGGUGGACUCAAAAGUUUAACUAAUGGAUAGCUUUCUAAAUUAUUUUAAAUUACUCCUAACUUAGAGUUUGUUGAAUUAAAUAAUCUUGAGAAUAUAUCUGAAGAAGUUUUAGUCACUCUAAUAAAAUAUUGCUAAAAUAUACAAAGAAUCUUUAUAAAUUUCACUCCUAGUAUUGGAGAUGCGGAGUUAGAAGAGAUUAAGUAGUAAAAUCCAGAUGUCCUAAUUGUUAGAAACAUAAAUAAAUUCACAGAUGUAAAAGACGAUGGUUUAAGGAUGCCGUUCCCUCCUGUCAAUUUAAAGAAGAAGAAAAAGAAAAAGAAAAAAAAAUGA